UAGAAGAGAGAGAGAGCGUGCAGGGGAGGGAGGAGGAACUAAAAGAAAAAAGUUCAAACUAAAAAUGGCUUCCUUGUCUUUGGAGUCUGCAGAACAAUCCGAGAAUAGCACGGAGGAGUCUACCCAAGAGGCCGCUCUGGUAAAAGAGGAGACGGAUCCGGAUGAAGUUUCAGAACAAUUGCUCAAAACUUUCCAGAACUCGGCGCUCAGCUUUUCGACAGAUCAAGUAGCAUGUCUGUGCGAAGCCCUUCUACAGGCGGGCAAUGUGGAUCGCCUGUGGAGAUUCCUAUCAACCAUCCCUCCUUCGGCGGAGCUGCUACGUGGCAACGAGACGCUGCUCAAGGCCCAGGCACUGGUCGCUUUCCACCGGGAAGAAUUCAAGGAGCUGUACGCAAUAUUGGAAAGCCACGACUUCCACCCCAGCAACCAUGGGUUCCUGCAGGACCUCUACUUGCAGGCGCGCUACAAGGAGGCGGAGAGGUCCCGAGGUCGUAGCCUGGGCGCCGUGGACAAGUAUCGGCUUCGGAAGAAGUUUCCCCUGCCGAAAACAAUCUGGGAUGGAGAGGAGACUGUGUAUUGUUUCAAAGAGAAGUCUCGCAAUGCACUGAAAGAGUGUUACAAAGGCAACAGGUAUCCCACUCCAGACGAGAAGAAAAACUUGGCCAAAGUGACUGGACUCUCCCUCACGCAAGUUAGCAAUUGGUUCAAGAACCGACGGCAGAGAGACCGAACCCCGUCCGGUACCAACAGCAAAAGUGAGUCCGAUGGUAACCACAGCACAGACGAUGAGGGUGAUGACAUCUCAGACAAACCAGAGGACAUUGUGGGCUCCACAGCCUCCAUCUCCCUCUCUGGCACCCCCUGCAGCACUGGAGGCCAGCUCUUCCUCAACGGGGCAGGUGGGUUCCUCACCGCCUCCCACCCCUUACUCAUCAACGGGGGCUCCCUGAUCUCCGGGGCAGGGGGUGGCGUCAUCAUCAACGGGCUGACCCUGAGCGAUGGUCACACGGUUACCCUCAGCCCCAUAUCGGCUAACUCACCUCUGCUCUUCAAUGGAGCGCAGGUCAUAUCCAAGAGCAGUGAGGAUAUGGGUCUUGAGGGCCAGGGGGUUAUGGCCAUGGAGGCCCAGCCCAGCUCUGCCAUCUCCCUCCCUCUGACAGAGGAUCUUAAGACGGACAAUGUAAGCCUGACGAACCCCUCAACCAUCCCCACCCUGGACUUCAUCAAUGUCCCAGAGGGGAUGGUUUUCAAAGCCGAGGACAUCCAGACAGUCUCUCCUUCCUCCUUGUCUUCCCCCUCAACAUUCUCCCCCACCUCCCUUUCCUCCCUGGUUCUGACUCAAAAUGGCUGCCUCUCCGACACCCUCACCCUUCCGGUCUCUAUAUCCUCUCCGGGCGUGGUCAUCUCCAGCCCUGUAGUGGGCCUCCCCAGCCAGCAGGGGGAGUAUGUGGUGUUUGCCACGGCUGGUUCUCAGCUCACCCCCUCCAGCUCCAUCUGCCAGGUGGUGUCCUCCUACAGCUACUCCACCCCACAGGUAUUCUCCCUGCCUCAGGUGGUGCCCUCCAUCCAGGGUGUCCCUGUAUCCCAACUGGUCCAACACACACCUGGAGGCCAGGUGUCCCAGUGUCCCCAGUUAAUCCCUGUGUCCCCCCUCACCUCCUCUCUCCCCCAGGGCACCCUCUCCCAGUUCCAGGCCCACCAGACUCUGAACAGCCCCCGCCUCGCCCAACCCCUCCCCCAGCAUCAUACUAGUUCCUCUACGUUGGGAGAGGGAACCACCAUCCUCUCCCUUUCCCAGCUCCCCAACGGACAGCUCCCCCAGGGACUCACACUCCAGCUGGGUGAACAGACCUCUGCUUCCAUCCCCACUCUGACCCAGAUCCAGUCCCCACUAGGCCAUCACCAGAUCAUCUCUCAGUCCAAAGAGACAAUCCCAGGCCAGUUGGUUCCCCUCUCCCUGCCCCAGCUGGUGCCUGUCUCCUCCACGGGACAACUCUCCUUCCCUCAGGUGGGCCCGUCCACCCCUUCUCUAUCUGGAUCUGGUGGAGCCUUCCAGAUCCUAACCUCGGCCCCUGGAGGUGGGAUGACUCAGGGGCCCUUCAGGAUAAACCAGCUGGGACCCCUCCAGACUGUAGGCCCCCCGACCAGCAGGGCUCCUGGUGUCCAGCUCCUCAACUCUGGGGUCAUUCAGCUCCCCUCCGCCUCGCCAGGGAAUCUCCUCUAUGGUGGAAGCCCCAUCCUGAGUUACCAGAACGGCAAGCUGAUCCUAACUAUCCCAGCUGGCAUCCAGUUCGGCAGCCUGCCCAUGAAAUCCGUCCCUGAGGCUUCUAACCACCACAUCAACGGAGUAGGCCCUGGACUCACCCUCAACCCUGUCAUCCAACCUACACCUACCCUCCUCCCAGUCUCCACCUCCGUCCCAACGUCCAACACCCUCCAGACGUCCCCCCUCUGCUUCAUCAACUCCUCUCCGCUCUACUGCACUCCUGAGAUGGGUGUCCCCACCAACCAGCCCAUCUCCACCACCUCCCCACACACCCUGGACCUUUCUGCCACCCACACUCCUCCCAAUGCCCUCACCCCAGAGAGCAUGCUCUCCCUCAGCCCCAUGUGCAGCGGAGUGACCCCCACCACUCAGCUCUCCCACACCACCUGGAGCCCUGUCCCCCUCUCCACCUCUGCCAGCCUAACUAUGUUUGACGUCCGUGGGAAGGGAGAUCUGCCCGAGGACCCGCCUCUGCUGGACCUACCUGGAGGCGAGGCCCUGCUACUAGGCAGCACCUCUCCAGAACAGGAUGUGGACAGGGGUUCGCCGUUGGGGGACCCAGUGGAGAUGGAUGGAGACCCCAAGAUCCUCACCCAGCUACAAUCAGUCCCUGUGGAUGAUGGGUUGGGGCUGUAAUCCAGUCCCCCAGCCCACACCACCACAAACUGUUACAGAACAAUCUGGAAGGUUUUGUUUGUCUGACCUCAGUGCUCCCCUGGCUAGGUUUGCAUUGAGGAGUGGACAGGCUCGUAAGAGAAAGGUGCUUUGACUAAAUAAAUCCUCUGCCGAUGAUCCUUUGGAUAAACCGUCAUGGGAUAGGCUGAUUGUAUGCAACGCGGAAUGACCUGGAGGAUGGCCUUUCAUACAGGCUAGCCUAUUCCCUGAUUUGUGUUACUCAACUGUCCACUGCUUAGUCGCCACAAUUUAAGCACUCAUCUGCCUUCCAUAAGCCCAGAGCCCUUCCUGUGUCCAGUCAGAGCACAACGUUUAUUUGUAAGGACAUUGCUACUUUCGUGCACAGACGUCCGUUUCAGCCAAGACUAUUUGGACUACAAGGGAAUGAAUGCCUUGGGUUUUGUAUGUGGUGUUGGUUGAGCAGUAUGCCACGGCCAGGCUCUGUCUUAAGUCUCUAAACACAGUCAAAUGCAGACAUUGACGAGCGUUCAGUCCUGUUGAGUUGGUGGUUCUGCAUAGCUGCUCUCUCUAGUGCUGGUGUAGUUUUGAGUGCUGCCGAGUAUUGCACGGUUUGGCCUCGGUGAAGGCUACAGAGAGUGGACUGACAGUGGCACCAGAGACCCCGGACUUCUAGCAUUGCGAUGGACUGUGUACCCCUCUCUGUCAAAACUGGUCAGCAGUGUCACCGCAUCAAGGGCGCCAGCUCAUCAUUUAACGACAUUUUGGUAUAAAUGCCAAGCACUAUCGCAUCUGAGGUAUGUAGGAGGAAAUGGGAGUCCCCUGAGAUUUCUUUGUUCGUUUGUUUUUUUACUCUAUGCAAUCAAUGCAUGUUCCUCGUGUAAAUUUGACCAUGUGACACAGAUAUGACAUGUAUUACAAGCAGUAUGUAAGCAAGUCUAAUUGGGAUAGACCAAGCUUUUAUUAAAGACAGCCUUUUUAUACACUAUGAAAUCUCAUGUGCGUGCACUACAAAACGCCUGAUCACAUUGUUGGAUAUUUCCAGUUGAAUGCGCCACAAUCGUACACUACAUUGUAUAUUGCGUCUAUGAAUGACACAAAAUAAUAAUAUUGUGUUCUUAUAUUAGUUGUAUGGGUUUGAUCUAGACCUAGUAAGUGCCUUAUUAUCCAGUUGCUGAGGUUGGCGGGCCAGUUUUCUUGCCUUUUUAUCUUCAAAGUGAAGAAUGUGUUCUACUCUUCACAAAAUGUAAGCACCAUUGACACAAGCUACUUCCCACAUUGAUGUUGAAUGUGAGUUUUGUGAUAACCCUUUUGAACUCCAGAGAAACGUAAUCUAGUACUCCGUUGCGCGGCAGUUGCUCGUUUAGCGUGACUUAACGCCUACCAUGACAUAAUAACCAUUGAGAUCUCGCUGUACGUUUUGCACAUUUUCGUCCUUGUCAUGUUUUACGUCUUUUGGCGAUGGCCAAAUUCUAUUCUGAAAACCUGCUGCCUUUUCUCUGUUCUUGACUAAUUGCGCUCACUGUUCUGAAAGGGGACGGGAUAGGUCAUAAUCAGCUGGUUAAGUUUCAGGCAGCCUCUGUUUAUACUGAUAUCAGCAACAGUGAGUCAUGAAGCCCUGAGAGCAGGCGACAGGACUCCUAGAAUGGAAUGCUAUCCAGCGAGACGUGGUGCAGAUGUUCUCGCCAUAAACUUUAAAAUACUCACCAUCUCUCCAUAACCACAGCACAAAUAGCAAUUAGUUCUCUGGCCAACGGUACAACAACACUACUCUUCAGUGUCACUCCCAACUGUAUGUUUUUGUUUCUUGUGUAUUUAAAGCAUGUAUCAAUCAUUUUCAAGUAGUAGCUUUGAAUGAAAAAACGAGCCGUCCAUGUGGAAAUUGGACAAAGGAAAAAGCAUCAAUGGACCUUCCCAGGGGCUGGCUGGUUGUACAGUCUCAGAAUAAUGUGUACAGUCGUGGCCAAAAGUUGAGAGAAUGACACAUUAAUUUUCACCAGGUUUGCUGCUUCAGUGUCUUUUAGAUAUUUUUGUCAGAUGUUACUGUGGAAUACUGAAGUAUAAUUACAAGCAUUUCAUCAGUGUCAAAGGCUUUUAUUGACAAUUAGAUGCAGUUGAUACAAAGAGUCAAUAUUUGCAGUGUUGACUGUUCUUUUUCAAGACCUCUGCAAUCUGCACACAUGAAUGGUCUCAGAAUGCUUUACUGUUGGCAUGACACAGGACUGAUGGUAGCGCUCACCUUGUCUUCUCCGGACAAGCUUUUUUCCAGAUGCACCAAACAAUCGGAAAGGGGAUUCAUCAGAAAAAAUGACUUUACCCCAGUCCUCAGCAGUCUAAUUCCUGUACCUUUUGCAGAAUAUCAGUCUGUCCCUGAUGUUUUUCCUGGAGAGAAGUGGCUUCUUUGCUGCCCUUCUUGACACCAGGCCAUCCUCCAAGUCUUCGCCUCAUUGUGCAUGCAAAUGCACUCACACCUGCCUGCUGCCAUUUUUGAGCAAGCUCUGUACUGGUGGUGCCCCGAUCCUGCAGCUGAAUCAACUUUAGGAGACGGUCCUGGGGCUUGCUGGACUUUCUUUGGUGCUCUGAAGCCUUCUUCACAACAAUUGAACCACUCUCCUUGAAGUUCUUGAUGAUCCGAUAAAUGGUUGAUUUAGGUGCAAUCUUACUGGCAGCAUUAUCCUUGUCUGUGAAGCCCUUUUUGUGCAAAGCAAUGAUGACGCCACAUGUUUCCUUGCAGGUAACAAUGAUUGACAGAGGAAGAACAAUGAUUCCAAGCACCACCCUCCAUUUGAAGCUUACAGUCUGUUAUUCAAACUCAAUCAGCAUGACAGAGUGAUCUCCAGCCUUGUCAACACUCACACCUGUGUUAAUGAGAGAAUGGUCAUUUUGUGGCAGGGCUGAAAUGCAGUGGAAAUGUUAUUUUGGGGGAUUCAGUUAAUUUGCAUGGCAAAUAGGGACUUUGCAAUUAAUUGCAAUUCAUCUGAUCACUCUUCAUAACAUUCUGGAGUAUAUGCAAAUUUCCAUCAUACAAACUGAGUCAGCAGACUUAAUGUGUCAUUCUCAACUUUUGGCCACUACUGUAGAUAAUGAUGACAUCACCACUUCUCAAAUGAUAUUAUACACGUACAAUCUGAAUAGGAUGUUAAUACCUGUAGCAUUCAUGUGCCAAAGGAAUGUUGCAAGUUUUUUUGGUGUUUGGACUUUUUUUGUUGGUUCGGAGCGGUUUUUGUAUACGAUACUGUGCAUGAGUUGGACACUAAAGGAGUGUGUGUUUGUGUGUGUUUUGUUUAUCCAUGAGCCCAACCCUUGUCUACAUGUAGUGGUUUUUCUCUUUUAGUGUGUGGUGCUCCAAAGGCUGUUUGUGCACAAUCUCCUACACGCACAGACACGUGUGCGCACACACACAACCUUCAGCUGAGUUAUCCAAAGAUAUGAUUUUUUUUUUUAAUGUACUUUUUAAUAGCGUGUAAAGGGACUAUUAGAUAUUUUUAAACGUCUGUUUUGUCCUCUUUUGAGAGGUUGGUUUUGUACUUAAAGUUAUUUUAUUUUUUAUAUACAGUUUUAUUGUGAUUCUAAUAAACUACAUUUAGAAUA